CGUAAUGACGUCACACCCAAACAAGAAACAGUUUGCUCGUCAUUAGCUCCUACUGACUUGAUUAAAGUAGAUUUAUCUUCGUAGUUAACUUUAAAAAAUGUCACAGGAUCCCUGGUUACAGAAUUAUGAUGCCACAUGUCGACUGGCACAGGAAAUAGCAGAAAAUAUUCAGGAACGGAACAGGCAGCAGAGAACUGGGGGGAAUCCAGCCAAAAUCAACAUGACUCUUCGGGCAUCGUUACAGAAGCUGAAACAGAAUAUUGCCCAGCUUAAAGAGAGUUUGUUGCGGGCUUCAUCAUCUCGACGGGUAAUGCAGGCAGAAGCUGACAGGAGGCAGAACCUUAUUGACGACCUGCUAACCAGGGAGAAGCAGCUCAAUGCUACGUUCAAGGGAGACAUCAGUGAGCCUGAACCAGCCAGGUCGACUCUGAUGGCUGGAAACGCAGGAGCAAGUGGAGGUGGUGCUGCCAAUCCCUGGUUGAUUAAUGAAACAGAGGAAACCAGGGGCCUGACUUUUGGAGAAAUCAAACAGCAGCAGCAACGAAUUAUUGAAGCCCAGGAUGCAGGUUUGGAUGCACUAGCAGCUGUCAUCAGCAGACAGAAGAUAAUGGGCCAGGAGAUUGGCAACGAGCUCGAUGAACAUAAUGAAAUAAUUGAUGACCUCGCACAUCUUGUGGACAAGACAGAUGACAGGAUUCGUAACGAAACACGAAGGGUGAAGCUAGUGGAAACAAAGUCAGCCUCCUGUGGGAUGCUGGUGGUGAUUGUGCUGCUUCUAAUAGCCAUCGUAGUGGUCGCUGCGUGGCCUGUGUAGCUGAAGGGGACGCGGGGAUCAUGGACCUAAGUUGGAUGACUACUUAAGUUACAGUUACGGAGUUGAAUGCUAAACAGUACACACACACACACACCAGACACCUUUUCUCUAUCGGUUUUAUUUUCAUCUUGCACCUCAUGUAAAAAACACAGACAUCCAAGCAAUGUGAAAUGAAGACCAAUUCUUUGUGUGAUGUGCAAAAAGCUCAAGCCUUUUUUUUAAUAGUCUGUUGGUAGAAUGAAGGCAACUGCAAAAAGUUUCUUUUUUUAUGCAUAUUGUAGAAGUUGUUAUUUUUAAUAAUCUGAUUAAACUGACUACACCUCUAUAAUUGUAAGUAUCGGGGAGAAAAUGUUUUGCUUGGACUGUGAUUAAUGUUGAUCCAACAGUAGGAUGUUCUGCAGGUAGCAGGGGCUUUCCUUUCAUGAGUGUGUGUCUGUGGGCUCACAUGUGCCUCACACUAGGGUACAGUAAUUCUGCAAGCUUUGUGAUAUUCCCUCUCACUUACUAUAUUUACCCAUGCUUUACUGUAGCUGUAAUGUUAUGGAUUUUAUAAUGUUUAUAGAAUAGUUCCCAGCCAAAACAAACAGCUUGGCUGGGACAUGGCUGUUUUCUUUCCUUGUAAAUCAGUUGAGUUGGUAAUUUCUAAUAAAUGACAUUUCCAGUUAA